AUGGUCUACACCGAACGUACCGACAAGUGCCUGAGCAGCACCACCAAGGACAACCAGUCCACGAAGGGUCAGAACCACUCCAAGUCGAGCAGCGGCUCCGGAUCGGGUUCGGGAUCAGGAUCGGGAUCUUGGAGCAGUCAAGCAUCGAGUGCGGACAAGUGGAAGUACAACAACAUGGUGAAGAACGAUCGCCAGCAAUUCAAUGGGAUGCAUUUCUCCUAAAUGCUGUACUAGAUCCAAUUGAAAUGUUCCUCUAGGAAUGUGGGGAGCCUUGAGAAGCGGGGAAGCUGGGGGCUGAUAACGUUGUUAUUUCUAUUUGGUUCAGCAGGGCCACUUUAGGCUAGUUUUGUAAGCCAUUUUAUAGACUUAGGUAUUGCUAUGUGAUAAAA